ACACCACCACCACAACUGAGAGUAAGAGAGAGAAGAUUUAAAUCAAACAAAACUUGCAUCAUUUUCUCUCAUUUUUGUACCCAUCACAUAAGUCAUAACCACCCAUUUUCUCUCUCUUGCAUCAUUUCUCUCAUGGGCGCAGAAAAAUACAGAAAGAGUGGACAAAUUCCGGCUUUUGGUGACUGGGAAAAUGCCAAUGAGCUGCCCAUAACCCAGUAUUUCGACUGCGCUCGACAGGCGGGCUUGCUCCGCUGCAGCUGCUCAGCCGAAUGCAGCCGCGGUGGCGCCAAGGCUCCUCCACUCUAUACUGUUCCUCACCGCGAGGAAAGAGGAGGAGUGAACAAGCAAUCAAAUGAGCAAAUGAAGAAAGUUAAGGCUGGUGAGUUGAUGAUUGAACCAAGAAUUCAGCAUGUUGCUCACUCAAAACAGAGUAGCACUAACCUCGUACGACAAAAAUCCUCGGUUUCUGCUAAACCUGUGGAUGAAGAUCUCUACAAGAUCCCUCCCGAGCUACUUGCAAAUUCUAAACGAAAAAAAAUGCUAGGGUUUUUCUCCAAAUGCAUGGUACCUCCUUGUGCAGAAUGACUUAAGCUCAAGUAAUUUUUAUUGAAUGGAGAAAUUGAGACUCAACUACAAAAUGGCCAUCUUGUCUCGUCUCUACAGUUUUCAUCGAAUGAUUUCGAAUAUGUAAGAUUAUCAAAAGAAUUUACAAUCACAUUUCAUUCAUCAUUGAAUUUUUGUACCACAAAUUUAGCUAAAUAAAUGGUGCAAAGGUAGGGCCAAUAUAGGUUAAGAGGCCUUUCUCGGUUGAGUACAAUUUAUGAGAAACUGGUCCACAAUGGUCAAUGCUAGUGUUAUAUUUUUAAAUGAAUUCACCUUUUGGGCCAAUAGUCUCCUUUGGGCCUUUUUAUUUGUGCAA